AUGCAAGGGUUCAUUGCUCUUGCUUUGAUUCUUGGUUUUGUUUCACCUUGUCUAUGUACAAGGAUGAAUGUUGGAACCGAAAAUGCAAUUUAUAAUGUGAUACAAUAUGGUGCACGUGGCGAUGGCAUAACUGAUGAUUUACAAGCAUUUGUUAGUGCAUUUAGCAGUGCGUGUAAAGCAGCAGGGAUGUCAACACUAAUAAUACCAGCUGGAAAAAAAUACAUGGUGUCGAAAGCAAAUUUUAGUGGUCGUUGCAGCGCCAGAGUUCUCAUUCAGCUUGAAGGACAAAUAGUUGCACCUUCUAGAGCAGCGUGGAAAUCUAAGUUAUAUUGGAUUAGCGUCGAAUAUGUAGACGAACUCACAAUUGAUGGCAAUAACAAAGGAGGUUUUCAUGGAGGUGGUCCUACUUGGUGGCAAUGCCCAACUUGUGAUCGACCCGUGAUGUUGUUUUUCCAUUCCUGCAAUGGUCUCAAUGUUAGAAACUUGAGGAUCCUGAAUAGCCCAAGAUCUCAUGUUGCUGUUACUAUGUGCAAUCAUUCAACAUUUUCUCAUAUAUCUAUUAAUUCUGCUGCUACUAGCCCCAACACUGAUGGGUUUGACAUUUCUCGUUCCAGUAAUGUCUUGAUAGAAAAUUCUAUGAUAAGAUCCGGUGAUGAUUGUAUUGCGCUUAAUAGUGGCUCCUUUUUUAUUAAUGUUACUCGGGUUACUUGCGGACCAGGCCAUGGAAUAAGUAUUGGCAACCUUGGUAGAAGUAGAUCAAAUGAUCAAGUUUCCGAUGUUUAUAUACGUAAUUGUACCUUCAUUGGGACUACAAAUGGAGCAAGAAUCAAGACGGUUCCGGGUGGAUCAGGUUAUGCAAGACAGAUUACAUUUGAGCAAGUCAUCCUUAGUAAUGUUAUGAACCCAAUAAUUAUUGACCAAGGGUACAAAAUUAGUCCAACGGAUACAUCUGUGAGGGUGAGUUCGGUGACAUAUCGAGGAUUUACCGGAACUUCUGCUAGCAAGAUAGCUGUUAAUUUAAAUUGUAGCUCCUCUGGUUGUUUCGACAUUCUAUUGGAUCAAAAUAACAUUGUAGCUACUCAAGCAGGAAAAAUGACUUCAUUUUUUUGUAGAAAUGCUCAUGGAACAGUUAGAAAUACUUUUCCAAAUGUCUCUUGUCUAUCUAAUUAA